UAUAUUUUAUAUCUGCGCAGGUAUUUCGACCAGUAUAGGAUAGUUUGACAUAACAUGGCAAUAAGACAACAUAAGGUACGGGGAAUUCUGCUUCUAUGGACAUUUAUACUGGGCGGGGUUUGGUCCAUUCAUUUCUGCAACAUAACAAUUAGUACAGUAAGAAUACGUUUAAUGUCCAUCUCCGCUACCACCGCCCCCACAACAACAACAAAAGCUAACCAUACAAACAAUACUCAAUCACAAACCACUCAAGUUAUCCCAAAGGACAAACGAGACUUUAGGUUUAUAUUGGAGCCAUGGAAAGUUAAACUAAGAGUUUGUGAUGAGGAUCCGUGCGUCAAAGCAAAAGAAAUCCAAUGGCGAAUGGUUAUUUUCGUAAAAUCUGCUUUUGUAAAUUUCUUUCGCCGAGAAUUACUCCGCCGCACGUGGGCGUCGUUGAGCUACGUAGACCGUGGUAGGUUCGACACAGUAUUCGUAAUAGCGGGCGUGCCCAACCGUAAGAGAUACAACUUAUUAAAGGAAGAACAUUCAAGAUACGGUGACAUCUUGUAUUUCGAUGAAUCUGACGAUUACAAUUAUGUAUCCUUGAAAACACUUGCGGGGAUGAGAUGGGCAGCGUCUAACUUGCAAGCGAACGAGUUUUACGCUUCUGCUGACGACGACUUCAUGAUUAAAAUGGAUUUAUUUGCUGAGAACAUUAACCACCAUAUUAAUCAAGUGAACGAACUAGGAUGGCCAGAGUUUCCCAUAAUAUGCGGUUUUAAACUUGGGGUAGCGGAAACACCAAACAGGAAGGGCAAAUGGACGGUGACUAAGGAUAAUUAUAGAUGGGAUUUCUAUCCGCCUUAUUGCCAUGGAGGGUUGUACGCAACGUCGGUGCAUUUGGUUCAGCAGUUAUAUAAUGAGUCUUUAUCUGACCCCUUGUUCAGUUUGGACGACGUUUGGAUAACUGGGAUAAUACGACGCAGAUUAGGGAUGCCAGAUGAAAUGCUGAUUAAACCGAAGCCUUAUUUUGGCCAGCAUUUAAACAACUAUGCAAAAGUUGAAAAAAGCUCAAACAUUCGUGACUUUAUGCGAAAGGAAUGGGUUGAAUUAUAUCAGCAACUUAGUGAUAACGAUAUUUGUCGCUAUCAGGCUAAUAUUAACAUUACUAAUGUAAACCUUACGUAAAGUUAACAACAUACCGAUGAUGGUUGAAUUAGAAAAUUACUAACAGUGAUACAUAGGCUUAAUAACUGUAGGAGCAACGGCGUAGCCAGCCUAAAAUUUUGGUGGGGGCCAAAUGUUUUACGGUUGUAUUUUGAGUUUGAAAAACAUUCUAAUUACAACACAAAACACGGGAAGGCGUACUAUGAAUGGCAUUUAUUUUUCACAAUUACGCCGCAUGAAAACGCAACUAUCUACAACUACAUUGAAAACUCCAUUCGUUGCCUACCACCAGCCAUUUUUGUCACGAAAUUUGAGAUUUGUUUUUCUUAGCUAGCAGGUAGACUGUUUAUUACGAAAUAGUAUGGAUUCACACGUGAGUUCAUCCAUCAUAAUAGCGAUUGUUUGACCUGGCAACUAAUUACGACAUAAUAGCAUUUCACACGGCGAUUAUUUGCGUUAUAAUAGGGAUUGGCACCUCAUCAUUUAGCAUGUGUAAGAAAUUUAAAAACGGGCUUAAAUGUUUUCUUUUU